UCGGCGCGCGCUUUGCUCCAAGGGAAUGACAACCCCUUUCCGCAUAGAUCAUCUCAUCCUCACUCACUCACUCACCACCCCUCCCCCAAAAUCUCAGCCCUCAGCUAUGCCUUAAAACCUCCGCACAGCCCGCUGCCAUUCACACCUCCAGCCGUCUUUACUGCCAUCCACUCUCUUUCAAGAAAAAAAUAAAAAAGCCCAGUCCUCGUCAAUCCGGUAGAAAAACGUGUUCGUUUCUCACCCACAUUCACUCUUUACACACCUACAACACUCGAUAAUACUCAAUCACCACCAACCCAACCACAUAAUCAGAAUGCGUUUCUCAACUGUCUUCUGCGCCGUCGGUGCCUUCGCCGUUGCCGUCUUUGCCCAGCAGAACCCCAUCAGCGAGCCUACCCAGGCCACCGAGAUUAUCGCGGGCAAGCCUUGCAUGAUCAAGUGGAACCCCACCUCUGAGGGAACAAUCAGCUUGUACCUCCGCCAGGGUGACAGCAAGAACUUGGGCACCGUCGGCCCCAUUGCCGAGGGCGUUGAGAACUCCGGUGUCUACGAGUGGGUUCCCGAGAAGGAGCUCCCCGGCGGCGACGACUACGCGAUCCAGAUCGUGUCCGAGGACGACGAGAUCAACUACACGUCGCUGCUGUCUAUCAAGAGCGACGUGAAGGCGAAGCCCGUAUCGGAGUCCGCCUCCCCGUCCGCCUCCGCCUCCGAGGAGGCUCCCAAGUCCACCCACCACGACGCCUCCAAGACCAUGACCACCGACGCCCCCCACCACACCACCAUGGCCUCCAACGGCACCAUCGUCACCUCCACCAAACCCUACAGCAACAGCACCGCCACCUCCACCAAGAAGAGCUCCUCCGCCCGCCCCAGCUCCACCUCCUCCGCUGAGGAGUCGUCCGUGCCCUCGACCCCCGCCGACUCCGGUGCCAUCGGCGUUGUCCGCUCGCCGCUGGCGCUCGUCGCCUGCCUGGUCGGUGCGAUCGUUUACUUCAACUAAACGCUCUCACCACCUCGCGCUCGAGUUCAUUUCUUUCAGUGUGCGUUGCUGUUAACUGUACUUUUUAACUUUAUUAUAACGGUUUGAUGGGUUUAUGGAGGGGAAAGGGGAUGUACGUUUUCAUGUUGGAUUACAAAGUUAUCAAGAUUAUAAUAUCAUUUUUCGUGGUUGUUUUGGGGGAGUUCGAACAUCUUUUUCUUUGUGUAUAUC